GAGUUACAAAAUAUCAUUAAAUUAAACUAAGGAAAAAAAAAAAAAAACUGAACAAAAAGCUCUUAUUAAGAGUUAACCUCGCCCCGACAACCGACUUCCUGUACAGAUCUCCGAUUCCAUCAACAAUGGCGUCUUUAUCUGCUUAUCGGGAUUCCUGUUCAUUAGUGAAGAACAUACUGUUGCUUGAUUCGGAAGGGAAGAGAGUAGCCGUCAAGUAUUAUACGGAUGAUUGGCCUACCAAUGCGGCAAAAUUAGCGUAUGAGAAAUCUGUGUUCACUAAAACUCAGAAGACUAAUGCUAGGACUGAAGCUGAGAUAACCAUGUUUGACAACAACAUUGUCAUUUAUAAGUUUGUCCAAGACCUUCACUUCUUUGUAACUGGAGGGGAUGAUGAAAAUGAACUCAUUUUGGAUGCUGUUCUACAGGGUUUCUUUGAUGCUGUUACUCUUUUACUAAGGAACAAGGUUGACAAAAGUGAAGCUCUUGAGAACUUGGAUCUCAUACUUCUGUGCCUUGAUGAGAUAGUUGAUAGAGGGAUGAUUCUUGAGACAGAUGGUAAUGUCAUUGCUUCAAAAGUUGCAACCAGUAGCGUUGAUCCUGCUGCACCCUUAUCGGAACAGACCAUAUCCCAGGCGUUGGCUUUGGCUCGCGAGCACUUAACCAGAUCUCUUUUGAGCUAAUCUGUUCCAGUGAACAAAUUGUCAGCCAUCUUGCGCUAUUCUUGAUUCUUCACCUGUCUCCUGCUUGAUGAUACAAUUGUCGUAGUGUACUUUUGUGGCUGAGUUUUAGAUUUCCUUUGUCAGAAUAGCUUUCUGCACUAUUGUAAAAGAAGAGAUUAUGUUUUUCCCCUUAGUUAAAUGCCUGAGACCAUCAAUUGGUAGCGAUAAAUACUGUGUAUAACUCGUUAAAUAUACAUCACCGCAAUAGCGAUUUCUCGUUUCCCUGA